AUGGCGCAGUGGAAACUACAGCUACAGAACCUGGCAGCGUUUAUCCAGCUCGCUCAUCUGGUUGCCGUGUUCGAGAGAGUCCGGCCUGGGAGGACGGACAGUCCCAGAGAGAACUCGUCCAACUACUCCAGCCCGGCCCCCAGCCCAGAGCCGGUUCACUACUAUCCCCACCUAAUGUACCAUGAGCCAAGCAGAGGAGAGAUUGAAGUCAACGAGGCCGUCCUCAAAGCAAAUACACCUCUGAUGGUGAGGAGCAGCAGCGACUCGGCUCUUGCUCCCUCUCACGAGAGGACGGACGCACGGACACCUGUGGACCAGCGGAAUGGAUCUCCUGAACAGGAAAUCAACCAUGUACUGAAAGGAGCGUUGGACCGACUGCGCACCGACGACCCACCUGCCAAGAUGAGCAAGGCUAACUUCAGCACCCUGACGAGGACGGUGGAGAUUGCAGGUGACCAGGGGCCCCUGGGUAUCCACGUGGUCCCCUACUGCUCCUCUCUCAGUGGACGGACCCUGGGCCUUCACAUUAAAGGCAUCGAGGAAAAAAGUCGCUCCAAGCGAGAGAAUAUCUUUCAAGAUGACGAGUGUAUCGUCCAAAUCAACGACACUCCACUCGAGGACAAGACAUUCACACACUCGCAGGAAGUGUUCCGCCAGGCCAUGAACGCGUCCUCCGUACGUCUGGAGGUCGUCCCUGUACCCAACAAGCUGCGCUACGAGAAGAGCCUCAUCGGUCACCUCUUCACUGGCGAUGCCAAAGACCUCUCAGCAAAAGCAAAGAGUCCGAUGUUGGUCCGCGUCAAAACAGACCCACAACCGGAGCCAAAACCACAUUCCAAACUGAACAGCAACGUAGAAGUGAGGCGACCAGACACACGUGCCAAGACCCCAGAGCCACCUGCGGCAAACGCACCAGCAGAUGAGCUCCAGUCCAGUAAUGGCUCCUCUCCCACACCUUCAGCCAGGACAGCAAGCUCCUCCCCGGCAUCCAGGAGCCCCGUCCCUCCCGGCCUGGCGAACCUGACCAGCAAGAAGGGCGGCAAGCGGAUAAAGAUUGACCUGAAGAAAGGCACUGAGGGUCUGGGCUUCACCGUGGUAACCCGGGACUCCUCGGUCCACGGGCCAGGGCCAAUCCUGGUGAAGAACAUCCUGUCAAGAGGUGCGGCAGUUAAAGAUGGCCGCCUGCAGCCCGGAGACCGCAUCCUGGAGGUGAAUGGAGUCGACAUGACAGGCCGUAGCCAGGAGGAACUCGUCGCCAUGCUGCGCAGCACCAAGCAGGGAGAGAACGUGUGUGUGGUGGUGGCACGGCAGGAGGACAUCUUCCUGCCACGGGAACUGGUAGGAGAGC